ACCGUUAAUUGAAAUCGAAGUAAUUAUUUAUCAAUUCAAUCUAUGAUUUGCUGGAUUUAUAAUCAUUUUAAAAUGGCGAUUUGCCCUCGCCAGAGUCAAGUUUCCCGCCAUAAUGAAUUACAUGUUAACGAGAGUCUGUUUUCUGGCGACAAGUAAGACUGUUUCAAUCAAUACAGUAAGAAACAUCGCCGGAAUGUCGAAGUUUGACUUACCAAAUCGUUUGAAGGGCAAUGAAAAGUCCGUUUGGGUCGAAUAUAUCCAGCUCGCUCUGCAGUACAAGCCAUUGAACUUGGGCCAAGGCUUUCCUGAUUAUUACGCACCAGAGAAUGUGACAAAUGCCCUGGCUGCUGUCGCUAAAAGUGACAAUCCACUUAUGCAACAGUAUACAAGAGGAUUUGGUCAUCCAAGACUAGUGAAUGCUAUUGCAAAGUUUUACUCCAAGCUUAUCAAUCGUGAUUUGGAUCCAAACAAGGAAGUACUGGUCACUGCUGGUGCUUACGAAGCAUUAUAUUCUAGUCUACAAGGUCAUACUAACCUUGGAGAUGAAUGGAUCAUCAUUGAACCUUUCUUCGAUUGUUACGUACCUAUGGUACAAUCUGCCGGAGGAAUUCCCAGAUACAUAGCAUUAAAACCAAAAUCUACGUCAGGCACAGUUACCUCUGGUGAUUGGGUAUUCGAUAGGAAAGAAAUGGAAAGUCUUUUUAAUGAGAAAACUAAAGGUAUCAUCAUCAACACUCCACACAAUCCUAUAGGAAAAGUAUUUACGCUGGAUGAAUUGCAAUUUAUUGCUAAUCUCACAAAAAAAUGGAAUGUACUUGUUAUUUCUGAUGAGGUUUAUGAGCAUAUCGUUUACGAACCGUACAAGCAUAUAAGAAUAGCAACGUUGCCCGGUAUGUACGAACGCACAAUCACGAUUGGAUCAGCAGGAAAAACAUUUAGCGUUACAGGUUGGAAAAUAGGUUGGGCCUAUGGACCAGCGAAUUUGUUGUAUAAUCUGCAAGUGGUACAUCAGAACUCCGUGUAUACUUGUACUACACCAACUCAGGAAGCAGUAGCUAUCGGAUUUGAAUUGGAAAUGGAACGCUUAGAGCAACCAGACUGUUACUUUCGCAGUCUAGCAAUGGAAUUAUUACCAAAGCGCGAUUAUAUGGCGAAAUUCCUCCGAGAAGUUGGUAUGGUACCGACGAUACCCGAGGGUGGAUACUUUAUGCUCGCUAAUUGGUCUGCAUUGGAAAACAAAGUGAAACUGCAUGAGGAAACGGACGAGAAUAAAGACUACAGGUUCACUAAGUGGAUGACGAAGAACGUCGGUCUUCAAGGUAUUCCUCCUACGGCAUUUUACGGUCCUGAACAUAAAACUCUAGCAGAGGACUAUGUACGAUAUUGUUUUAUAAAGAAAGACGAAAAUUUGAAAGCAGCCGCAAAAAUCUUGAAGAAAUGGGUAUCCUAAUAAUUGACUAAGUACAUAUAUGUACUUGUGUAUAAUAUGUACAUUCGAUGACUAUUAAGUGCUUCGUGCACUGAUUAAUUUUUUGAGUAUCUUUCAUACUAUUCGAGCACAUUGCGUGCACGGAAAGUGUAAUUGA